AUGCAGCUGCUCGACUCGUCCAUCAACAUCCUCGAGGAAUCUACCAACGACUUUCCACGUCUCUGUAAAGUCCUCCAGACUACUCGGCACUUCGAACUCAUAUCCGAACCCGACCUGCACACCGCUCAAUCCGCCCUCCUCUCCGAGAUCCGUCCCGAAGUCGAAGCCCUCUUCACACGCGUGCAAAACUACCUCGACAAGCUAGAGCGCCGCGAGCAAUCUCUGAUUGCGAAGUGUGAUCUGAACGACGGUCGUCUCGAUACCCCAGACAAUAGCGCCGAGUCCGCAUUUGCGACCAAGAGUAGAGGAAGCGAAGGGGCGAAUGGGAAGCCUAUGAGCACGGUCCAGGAGAUGAAAUAUAAGCAGUUGAAGGCGAAAAAGCAGCGGUUGAGCUAUGCUGUCGAGACGCUGGAGAUGCAGGCUAAGCAGAGGGAGAGGCAGUUGCGGAUGAGCAUGGCGGCGCCGCAGCAAUUUGGGUAUGAAGAUUGA